AUGUUCGAGAAAAACAAAAUACUUCGAAAAAUUUUUCACAUAUUACAUGAAGAUGCUUUAAUUACCGAUUCCUUCUGUAAUUUACAUUCUUGCAUUCUUGUCUCGAAAAUUUGGCUUGAUAAUACAAUCCCAGUGCUUUGGUCAACUUUUAAAUCUUCAAAGUCAUCUAUAAUAGAAACCUUACUUUCGUGUUGUAAAGACUCCCCAAAAAAAUUACAGCAAAGCAAAGCUGCAUUCAAUUAUUUAUCUUUUAUUAACAAUAUUUAUUAUAGUGAUCUUAAUUUGGCCGUAUAUAAUUGGAGUAAAAAAGAGACAACGCAUAAUCACGGUCAAUUUGCAAUUGGAAUUUUGCAAAGCAUUCUCAAGUCAUAUACAGAUAGUGGAGCAACAUUAAAAUCUCUAGAAAUCGAAAUUGGCAAAUUUCAAAAUUGUUUGAAAGACCAGUUUAUACCAGAAUUUUCCAAAUUAAUAUCCAAUUUAGAAAAACUUGUUAUUGAAGUUUCAAACAAGGAAGACAAACUUUUGGCAGAAUUGUCAAAAAAUUCUAUAGAAAUAAGGCUCGAAGACCGAAGUUUUAAUGAGGAAACUAUUUCAGAAAAUGUUCAAAAUAUCUGCGCCCUUAUAUCUCAGCAAAAAGCCUUAGAAACGUUAAAACUCUCAUUUUGCAAAUUAUCUGUUCAGCAAAUAAUAUCAGUAAUAGAAAAACAAGCAGAUACAUUGCGAGUGGUGGAAUUUUGGUUCGUCGAUUUUUCUAGAUGCGAGAAAGCUAAUGGACUAAUCGCAUGUAAAAAUUUAGAAAAAUUGGUGUUUAAACAUUGUAGAAAUUGUAGUUUAGAAUUUUGUACAGCUAUAGAUGAUACAGAAUUUGACGAUACAAAAUUUGACAAAUUGGAAUGUGCUGAAAUAGACGAUACUGUUUUUCCUGAUGGAAGUUUAUACGAUGGAUCCGCCAUCAUGUUUUCGUAUGAAUUUGGCACAAAAAUAGAAAAUAAUUAUAAUAAUAUUAGUUCAAUUUUCUGA